AUAUUAACAUAAACAUAACACUGUUCAAAUAAGAUUUAAUGUGUCCUCGUUACUUUUUAUUAACAAAUUUAUUUAUUUUUGUGAUUCUGUGUAAGUAUUUUGUGGUUGUUCAGUUAGUUUUACAUAUUUUUUGCAAGUCCAUUUAGUUUGUUAGAUAAAAUAGUGAUCUGAAUUGAACCUGUGUGCAUAUUCAGUGGUUUAAUAUGUGAUUAACUGUGAAAAUCUAUUCUCUAGGUUUGUUUGGUUUUGAGACAGAUGGAGUGAAAUCACUAUCAGUGAUGGAGGGAGAUUCUGUCACUCUACACACUUGUCUUAAUGAAAUACAAAAAUAUGAGAAGAUAAUGUGGAAGUUUGAAGACAACCUCAUAGCUCAAAUCAACAAAGACCAAACAUCCUCCACAUAUGAUGGUGCUGACGGGAGAUUCAGAGACAGACUGGAGCUGGAUUCUGAAUCUGGAUCUCUGACCAUCAGGAACAUCAGAACCAACCACUCUGGACUUUAUAAAGUGGACAUGUUCAGCACAAGUGGAUCCUCAAACAAGAAGAGAUUCAAUGUGACUGUAAUUGGUGUGUUUGAUCCAGACGCAGAUAAAAUAAAGCCAGUGUCGGUGAUGGAGGGAGAUCCUGUCGUUCUCAACUCUGAUGUUAAACUACACAAAGAUGAUCUGAUGCUGUGGAGGUUUGCACAAGCCACAAAACGCUGCGUAUAUAAUCCGGUUCAUCAUAACCCGUGUCUAAGCGACACGACUGCCAUCGCUAAAAUUGAUGGAGAAACUCGGGAGGUCUCGUUAGAUGCUGGUGUCAGUGAGAUAUUUAAUAAUAGAUUGAAGAUGGACAAAAUGAGCGGAUCUCUGACCAUCACAAACGUCAGAACUGAACACUCAGGGUUUUAUAUACUGCAGAUCAGCAACAACACUGGGACCAAAUACAGGAGAUUCAACGUUACUGUCCGUGCCGUUACAGAAUCCCACUCGUGUACAGUUUGGAUGUCAAUUGCUCUAGUACUUUUGUUGAUGAUUGCGGUUGGGUGUUUGGCUGCGGGCAUUAAAAACUGGAAUGUUUUGUUAGGGAGAUUGAGGUCGUAUAACUGCUGUCGAUCAAAGGGGCCACAGGAAAUGGAAUCAGAAUCAAUAGUGAGGAAAGGACAACCUCUCAUUCUCAACACUGAACAUACUGAACUACAGAGAGACGAUGUGAUAGAGUGGAGGUUUAAAGGCAAAGUUAUAGCAAGAAUCGGUAGAGAGAGUGAUGGAGGCAGACUGGAGCUGGACAGUACGACUGGAUCUCUGACCAUCACAAACACCACAACUGAACAUGCUGGAGUUUAUCAACUACAGAUUACCCACAAUGGACAAGUGCAGUCAAUCAGAAAGAUCAAGGUUUCUGUCACUGAUUCCGGCGAGUCAGAAUCUCUACUGAAGAGAAAAGAGAGCAGAUCCACCACUAUGGAGGUGGCAUAAUGUUAUUAAUAUAUAAGUGAAAUGUUAUGUGCCUCUAAAAACACUUUGCACUUACGAAUGAUCAAGGACUGACCUCAUGAGAAAUAUCAUGUACUUAUAGAUAAUAUACGACGUUAUAUGCACCACACUUGUUUCUCUGCCUGAUAUGUGCAUUAUAAGCUGAAAAGAUAAGUGAAGCUGAUAAAUGUGUAUGCUGUAUGUUUUGAACAUAUCCUUCAUGCUGUAUCAUGUUAAGUGUCUGUACAGGUUUAUUGUGAUGCUUUAUUGCAGAAAUCUUACCUCCACCAUUGUAAAUUUCUGAAAGACAUACUUCUUCUGUGAGCACUUAACUGACUUAAUCAUAUCUAUAAAGGCACUUUCUAUGGCUGUUUAUCCAAAUAAUAGUAGAAAACGCUUAUCUCCACUGUUCACUACCUUCAUUUCUGCUUUACCUGUGUGUUAUUGUGAAAAACUUGAAAUUCAGUACUGUUAGUUUAUUAAUUUACUUCUGAUAAAAACAUUUGCUGCUCAAUAAAAAAUUUGGAUGAGAACUCUAAUUUUAAAUAUCCAUUUUUUUGGUUACUUUUUUUGUUUAAUAUAUUUUUAAAACAUUUUUUACACAUGCUAUCAUGCUUCUGGAGAACAGAAACUGGCAAUAUUCUGUGUUCUCUGUCAGUUUGUCAUGCAACAAGAUAUGAUUAUGAAAUCUAACGUGGUCUGAAUUGUAUUUUUUUUUCUGAUUCAUUGCUGUUCUGUAUGCUCUUACUGGGAACUGGGUUUGUUUUUACUUUAAACUCUUAAAUAUAUGUGAAUACAUAUGAAAAUAAGGAUUAUGGUGAUAAAAAACUAAUGUGAA